GUGGCCAAUCUGUGCAGCGCGUCAAGCAAGUGUGGCUCAUCCCGCUCACUGGCGUGAUGAUAAGAAGCGGGCAGUGCGGGCAAAUGCCAGUUAGUCAGCUGAAGCCUCAGUGGUGUCUGGGUCGUCAUGAUGUACCAAGGUCUUCUCACUUCGCUGCUUGCGAUGGCAGCGGGAGCAUCGUUACUUCAUUUCCACGACCUUGACCAUGACGUGUCCAACCACCUCAUCCCCAUGAUGCAUGCUGCCUGGGCCGACGUCAACGACAUCCGCUACCUCCUGUGGACUAGAGGGAACUCCGGAGACAAUGAGUACUACCAGCUGGUGUUCAGCGACCUGGCCAACCUGCAGGCGUCCCCGCUGAACCCCGACCUGACCACGCACGUCAUCUACCAUGGCUUCAACGACGAGGGACUCACCGGCUGGAUCAGGAACGCCAAGACGGAACUUCUGAAACAGUGUGAUUGUAACGUUAUUGUUGUGGACUGGAAGUUAUUGGCAGUUGCUCCGUGGUACUUCACUGCUGUGCAUAACCUCUACAAGACUGCCAACCACACGGCUUCACUGCUGGACUGGAUAGCAGCUGAGGUGGGCCUGAUGCCCAAGCAGCUACACAUCACUGGACACUCCCUGGGUGCUCACGGCGCCGGCCUCACUGGCAAGUACAUCAAGACAGGAACUGUCUCAAGAAUUACCGGCCUGGAUCCUGCCGGGCCACUCUUCUACACAGUGUCCAAGGAUCAGCGCCUGGACAAGACAGACGCACUCUUUGUGGACGUGCUGCACACCAAUGGCGGCUCCAUUGUUGAGGGAUGCUGUGGCCUGUUGAAGCCACUGGGUCACGUGGACUUUUACCCCAAUGGAGGAGAGCACCAGGCAGGCUGUGUGAUAAAACAGAGGCUUGACCUGAUAAACAUUGGUGAUGUGUUCAACGGUGCAUGCAGUCACAUGCGGGCCACCCAGAUAUGGGUUGAGAGCAUAGCUGCCGUGCCCCCAGCACUGGCCUUCACUGCAUGGCCUUGCUCAGACUGGGACACAUACAUCAGUGGCAAGUGUCCAACCUGUGGACAAGGUUGCCUGGAGAUGGGUUACCACAUGAAGACAAACAUGAAAGGAACCUAUUUCUUACGCACUAACCCCGUAGCGCCCUUUGCUUUGGGAGACACCCAGUGAGCACCAGGGCCCAGCACACCACCCAGGACUGAACAUCAUCAUACUGUUAGCUUUGUGUCCUAACCCUAAUUAACAGUGUGUAUGAUGUUCACGAACAAUGAGCCUAUGUAACAAGUGCAAUAAGACAAUGAAAGACAAGUACUAUACCAAACAG